AUGACUAUGUUGGUCUUGGUCUUCACAGCUACAGUAGCCAAAUGCAACGGAGAUUCUCCCGGGCCUAUUCCCGAUACUGGUGUUGUGCGAAGCUACAAUUUCACGGUGGCUAGAGGCAUCAGAUCCCCUGAUGGAGUCUCCAAGCACAUGCUUCUAGUGACUGACCAGUUCCCAGGCCCAAAGAUCGAGGCCGACUGGGGUGACACUAUUGAAGUUACGGUGCACAACGCGAUCCAAAACCCCCAUGAGCCAACCUCGAUUCACUGGCACGGAAUAUCCCAGAGAGAAACCCCCUGGUAUGAUGGUACGCCCUCAAUCACACAGUGCCCCAUUGCACCAGGCGAGACCUUCGUCUACCGUUUCCGAGCCUUGGAGUUUGGCACCAGCUGGUGGCACGCGCAUUACUCGGCGCAAUAUAUCGACGGUCUCUUCGGGCCAAUUGUCAUCAAUGGGCCGAAAAUCGCCGACUAUGAUAUUGACCUUGGCCCAAUUCUCCUGAUAUACAGGAUGGAAUGCUAUGAGGAGGACAGUGGCAAGCGCAAUCAGUAUUCCAUCUAG